UUUUUUUUUUGGUUUUUUGAUAAAGAAAAAAAAAAGAAUCUGUUACAAACUAUGAAACCGAAAGAACGUUUUAUAAACUAUGCGCUAUUGUCAUCAUCAGCAGCCAAUCAAUGUGUUGAGCCAAAUAAUCAAAAUUUAUUUCUAACCAAAGAAGAUAUUCCUAUUGAUUUAAGUGUGAAAAAAACAUCACCAACAACAAUAACAACAACAGCAACAACAACACAGCAAUCGAUUGUGGUACCAUCAUCUAUCCAUCAUCAACAUGCAAAUCAUCAUCAUGUCAAAUCUUUUGGUUCAUUUAAAGAAUAUGAACAACAUAGACAAGCAUUUUUUGGUUCUCCACCACCACCUCAAUCGCCAAUUAAUGAUUGGCCAUCACCAACAGCGGCAGCAGCAGCAGCUACAGCUGCUGCCGCUUCCGGUCGAUAUUGUUUCCCUAAUCUUAUGAAACAUCAUUACCAUCAUCCACCACCACCAUCACCGUUUCAUUCACAUCCAACUUCCGGUAAUCUAUUUCCAUAUUUAUUCAUUGAUCCAACUGGAUGUGGUCAACCAACACCAAUACCACAACUACCGCCAUCAUCAUCAUCAUCAUCAUCAGCGUCAGCAACAUCUCAUCCACAAUUAAGUCAUCAUUCGCAAUUGAAAUCAAAAUCAUCAAUCGAUCCAGCUAUAUUGGAUCAUUAUGUGAUGCCUUAUCAAUUACAUGCUGCUGCUGCAGCAGCAGCAGCCGCAGCAGCUGCCGCACAAGAUGGAAUUAUAUUUCCAUUCACAGCAACGGCUGCCAAAAUUGUUGAUCAUCAUCCUAUUCAUUUAACGAAUGGUAGUCACCAUCAUCAUUCGCAUUCUCAUCAUAUAUUAAAUCAUCAUACACGGGAUCGACAAUUGAAUGAUAGGAUUGAUCAUCAUCAUAUUCGUCAUCAUCAUCGUCCACCAUUGUCUGCAGAAUCGACAUCAUCAUCAACAUCAUCAUCACCGUAUGAUUAUCAUACAACAGAAUAUGGUCAAACAGAUAUAAUUAAAAAUAGUGAUGAUCAUCUACCACCGCAAACAAGCAUUACCAUUAUCUUCAUCUACAACAUCUUCAUCAUCACCACCAUCGUCAUUGUCGUCAUCAACAUCGAUACCAUCACCUACAAGUACUCAUCAUCAUCGGUGAAAAUCAAAUCAAAUCACUCAUCAAUAAUGAAAUUAAAUGGAUCUCAAAUUGCUUGCUAUUACGAAGGCGGCGAUGGCGAUCCAUCACCACCACCACCAGCAUCACAUCGACGACAAAAAAUAAGAAAUUUUCGUCUAAAAAAAUCAUUAAGUUAUCCUUGUCUACCAUCAUUAUCGGCAAUUUCAUCGCCGGCAAUGUUAUUAUUGAAAAGAAAUUCUUGGUCAUUAUGUUGUUCAUCAUCAUCAUUACUAUUUCGAUCUAAAUCUGAAUCUAGCCUAAAUCGACUAUUAUUGCCAACAACACGACCAAUUCUAUUUGCUAAUAAUCAUGGAAAAUCCAUCAUCACCACCAUCACCAGCACCAACACAACGACGACGACAACAACGACAACGACAGCGACAACAAUAUCACCAACAAAAAUUUGUGCACCAAAAAAAUUAUUUGCAUCCAAUUAUUUUCUUGAUAAAUCAAUAUCACAGAAUAAUGAUUGCAAAGAAUCGAUUGAUUCCAUUAUAAAAAUAAAUGAACAAAAACAAAAAUGUAUUGAUUAUAUUGCUGUUGAUUUAUCAGAAAAGAUUUCAUCCAAUCACCAUCAUAAUAUUGAUAAUUGCCAAAAUGGUAAUUCACCGACAAAAAUUCAAACAGAUUCCAGUCAAACAAAAUUUUAUCGUAAUUAUCGAAAAGAAGUUAUUGAAUGUUGGGAUAAUGAACGUCGUGAUAAUGAACAAACAACAAGACGACAGAAAUCAUUGAAUAAUAACAAUAGUGAUGAUAGUGGUGUUGAUAUUGGUGGCCAUAAAGGAAAUGGUACAGUAAACAAUAUACUCGAUCUUCGAACUAAUAAUGGUCAUAAUAUGAAUGUAAAUUCUCACUAUCAUCAUCAUCAUCAAAAGGAAAUGGCGAUGAUGAUGAUGGCUACAACAACAACAACAACAACAACAACAGCUUCAUCAUCAUCGCCACCAUCAUCAACAUCAUCGAUUAAAUAUAUGGCUGCCGAUACUAAUCAUCAUCCUGGUACUAUAAAACCACAAUCACCGAUAAGAGAAUUUCAUGGAACAAAACCAAUUGGUCAUCAUGAUCAUCAUCAAUUAGAUUUAUAUAAACAUUAUUAUUAUUAUCUAAUGCAAGAACCGGCAUUUGCAUCCAGAGCAGCUGUUGCUGUAGCAGAAACUUAUGCAAAAUUAUUAUCAACAAAUCCAUCACAGACAACAUCAACAACAAGUUCCAAUGAUCAUCAUCUGGAUUCAUCAACGAUGAUGAUGAUGAUGAAAAAUAAAUCACCACCAAUGUUGGACACAAAAAGUCAUCAUCAUCAUAAUCAUAAUCAUAAUGGUAAAUCAUUAUCAUCACCAACAUUCGAAAAUAAUGGCCUUUAUGAAACGAAACGUACAUCACCUGAUUGUAGCCAAGAUGGUGUUGUUGGUAUAACGGAAUUACGUUCAGCCGAUACAACCAAUGGAAUGAAUAUGUUCGAUAGGAAACGUAUUAGUAGACCAUUAACUGGUAAACAUGUACGUCAUGGUACCGGUGCUAGCCCAUCAACAUUGGUUAGUUUAAGAAAUAUGAUACAACAAAGACAAAAAUUGAAAGAAAUUGGUAAAUUUGAUUGUAAUGUAUUACGUUAUGGUAAAUCAUCGAAAGCAAACAAACGAAUCAAACGAAAAUAGUGUUAUAAUAUUUAAAAAAAAACAAUUUCAAAAACAGAAAAAAAAAAUUCACAUCACCACUAUUUAUAAUAAAUGACAAUCUCAUACACAUCAUCAUUCACCAUAUAUUUUCACAAUGUUUCCUGGUACACAAAACACCUACACACACACACACCCCAUUCACCACAUAAUUUGUUCUAUCUAAUAAUUCUCAUGGGAUUCUCUUGAUUUUGUCAGUCUUCCUAUAAUUAUAUUCUAUCACAUGGUUUUGGAUGGAAAGAAAUUUAUUAUUUUUGGAAUUAUAAAAUCAAAACAAAAAAAAAAAAAAACAACAAAAACAAAAAC